GAAGCUACAAGACUGCUUCAAAAGUGCCGGCGGCCAUUCCCUUCCGAUUCGGCGGCGUCGCCGUCGUUGCCGCCGUCGUCGAGCGUCCCAAGAGCACCAAAUGCUUCUACCCUCAGAGGAGUGCCACCGCUCGAGGGUAUGACAAACUGGCUACUAAUGCUUGGGCAUAAGACGGACGAUAUUGAUCGUUUGAAUGUCAUUCAUGUUGCCGGAACGAAGGGCAAAGGCAGCACAUGUGCCUAUGUGGACUGCUUCCUACAAGAGCAUGCGAGAAGAAAUGAAAUUACUCGAAAAGUCGGACUUUACACCUCGCCAAGUCUAUGGCCGAGGAAUAGAAUCCGAAUCGAUUCUACCCCGUUACCAGAAGACCUAUUUACAAAAUACGUCAUUGAGGUGUCCAGGUGCUUAUCUAUCGAGUCUGACAUGUCUCCAUCCAGUACCAAGAACCCCGGGUUUCUUCAGAUGAUGGCUAUCGUAUCGUUCCACACGUUUAUUAAAGAAGGUGUCGAUGUUGUUAUCUGCGAGGCUCACCACGGCGGCGAGUUCGAUGCGACAAAUUUCAUUCGCCAUCCUGCCAUCACUGCCAUCACAAAGAUUGGUAUGGACCAUGUCGAUAAUCUAGGAGGGACCAUUCAAAGUAUUGCAUGGCAUAAGAGUGGGAUUUUCAAGGCCGGAGUUCUUGCACUUUCGGUUCCGCAGGAUCCAGACGCUGAGCACGAGAUUGAGCGCCGGUCAAAAGAAAAAGGAGCGUUACUUCAGUUCGCCGAAGUCGUUAAGAUGGAGGGUAUUCCCCUUGAACAACGAGAAAAUGUCGCACUGGCCACGCAAAUUGCUCAUGAAUUUCUCCAACGAAGUGAUCACUCACUCGACGAACGGGACGUUUUGGCGGGUAUUGAGAAGUGCCGCUGGCCUGGACGCUUCGAUAUCAUCGAUUAUAGUGGGUGUACUUGGUAUCUAGACGGAGCACAUAACGAAACGAGUAUGGAGGUAGUCGCGAAUUGGUAUGAACGGGUGGCUAGUAACUCUAUCCGAGUUCUUGUUUUUGCCCACUUUUCACCGAAGCGGACGCGUGACUGGUCGAAAAUACUACAGACGCUGGGGACCUCUCUACAGAGUCGUAUCCAGCAUGUUAUCUUUGUCGACAAGAUUGAGUAUGAUCAUCAUUUCACUACCCCGAGCGGAUGGUUGGAAGAAUAUGCCCAAUUUUGGAUGAAACGUUGGCCCCCAGACACCAUUGACAAGGCACCUACUGUGAAAAAAGGGAUCGAGAAGGCCAUGAAAUUUGGCACAGGAGCACAGAUCUUGGUCACAGGAAGUUUGUACUUGGUCGAAGCUGCCCUGGAGAUUGUCAAGACCUAG